CUGCUUUAAUGCCUGAUUUAUACAUGGCCUCUUUUAUAUGCCAUGUAAGUUUUAUAGAAAGAUACAGGUAUUACUUUCAAGAAUGACCUGCCCUUGAUAUCUAAAAACCUAGAAUGUGAUCUUUAUGGAAUUUUUCAACCAUAACUAUCAGAAAAUGGGUAUGCAUAGGUGACAGAUGAACCCUGUUAAUUUUUGUAAUGCAUUGAACAAAAAUGUUCUGCCAAUUACUGCAUUUGUACAUUAUUUAAAAUUUAUGAAGUAAAUCUUAAAUGUGCUUUAAAAACAUUCCUUACCCCCCCCCCCCCCCCGAUUCUACUUUGGACUAGAUAAUGAAAAAUUUUCUGCAGCAAUGUGGAAAAAUAUGUCUCCUGUUUCCUGGUUAAUGAAAUAAAUUCUGUUUAGAUUAGUGCCAAAUAUGUUAGAUGACCAACCAGCUAUUUGGUGAUUGGUGCUGUGGCUUCCAGACCUUCAUGAUCUCAGCCCAAAGGGCCCAGUAUAUAUAGCUGAGCAGAUCGAGAGAAAGGAUGUCAGGUGGUUUGUCAAAAUCAUGCCAUUCAGUUAGAAAUAAUGGUCUUGUAUAUGUGAAGAUUGUAAUAACAAACUAGGAAGUGUUUGAGUCAGUUGCUUUACAAUUGGUUAACUAGAAAAUAUGUUCUUUGUUACUUAUAUAUCAUAAUACCCCCAAAGGAGCCUCUAACCAUUGCUUUAUUCUUACGAUCCUAUGUGUAAAAGGGAAAAUUGAUACCUAUUUAUUGUGGUUUUUAAUAUAAAAUUUUUUAUGAAAGUCUCAGUACAUUUCAGAUUUCUUGUUUCUUAUUUUGAAGGCUCAAAAUUAAUAUAUAGGUGUUUUGUUUAUCUUAUGUUUAGGAAUUUAUGAAAAUGGAAAAUUAUGAGGCAUUUGUAGGCUUUGAUCUCUGUCAGAUACCACUUUCCAGUGUUGCUCAGAAGAUUAUGUCUGCUAUGCACUCAGGUGAUUUAGCGGAGUCUAAGAAUUGGAGAGAGAGUGAAAAGACUGCAGAAGUGGUAAAUGAAUCCAGUGUUAAGUAUUCAGUUCUUGAAGAUGGGAAGAAUCAAACUCUCGAUAAAAUGGAUCUUCAUUCUUUCACAAGCCAGACAUCUAGUGCUUCUCUCAGACUCCCUCAGUCCUCCAGUAUCAGACUCACAGGUCAGCUGCCUGCUAACCAAAGACAGAACCUCAGCUCCCGGACUCCUUCCAGCCGUCCACCCCCACAGCAUAACCACGAGGCUCCAGUGCUACAGAAGAAGGAACAUAGAAGAAAACAUCUAAAACAACAUUUCAAGAAUGAAAAUAAAGAAAGCAUGACUCUUAAAAGAAAACACAUUCCAUGUCAUAAUUCACCAGACAAAAGGAGUCAACACACAGCACUGAAAGAAGAUGCUGAGCAGGUGGAAGCCUCCCUGAGUCCUGGAAACCAUCUCUGCGAUGUCAGGCAUCUGGGGGAUUUGGAGAAAAGCCAGCUGAUGGAAAUGCUCCAGCAGGCCGCAUCCCUGGUGGUGACGCUGAUGUACAAGGAUGGUUCAACCCAGCUACGGGCUGACCAGGCCCCGGUUUCCGGUGUGAAGGGAAUUGUGCUGUUACCGCAGAGCCGCGCAGGAGGCGGCCGUCCUCUGGCUGCCUCCGCCCCGGGCCGCGCUCCGGAGGCAGGAGCCCUGCCCAGCGACCCGUGCGUCUACAUAGAGACGGCGCCGCCUGCGGUCUGCAGCCAGGAACAAGGAGCACACAGCCAGUUUGCCCGGCGGGUGCUGUUUCAAAUCCUGAAAUGUAGCCGCCCCGUCAUCUGUUUCAACGCUAAGGAUUUGGUGAGAACAGUGCUGCAGUACUUUGGCGAUGACGGCAGCUGGAAGCACGUGGCUGACUUCGUAGGGCUGGACCCUAGAAUUGCUGCGUGGCUCCUAGAUCCUAGUGCUGCCACACCCUCUUUUGAGGAUUUAGUGGCAAAAUCCUUCGGAAACGCUGUCACGGUGACAGUGAGCAGCACGUAUGGGAAUUCCUCAAGAAACACUGUGAAUCGGAACGUGUGUGCCAACCUGCGGGUCCUCUACCGGCUUACGAUGGACCUCUGCUCUCGGCUGAAGGCUUCCGGUUUGUGGCAGCUGUUCUGUACCCUGGAGCUGCCUCUGAUCCCCAUUUUGGCAGUGAUGGAAAGCCACCGCAUCCGGGUGAACAGGGAAGAGCUGGAGAGGACCUCCGCGCUCCUCGGGUCUCGUCUCAAGGAAUUGGAGCGAGAAGCCCACUUUGUGGCCGGAGAGCAGUUCCUCGUGACGAGCAGCGACCAGCUCCGAGAGAUCCUCUUUGGCAAGCUGAAGCUGCACCUGCUGAGCCCCACGGGGACGCUUCCCAAGACCGGGAUGCGGGGCCGCCUGUCCACGUCCGAAGCCGCGUUAAAUGCUCUGCAAGCCCUCCAUCCACUGCCCAAGAUCAUUCUGGAAUACAGGCAGGUUCACAAGAUCAAGUCAACCUUUGUGGACGGGCUGCUCGCCUGCGUGAAAGAGGGCGCCAUCUCCUCCACGUGGAACCAGACGGGGACGGUGAGCGGGAGGCUCUCUGCCAAGCAGCCGAAUAUCCAAGGGAUCUCCAAGCAGCCAAUUCAGAUGACCAAGCCUCGGAAUUACAAAGGGAAGGAAGAGGUCGCCCUCACCAUCGCCCCGAGGACCAUGCUGGUCUCCGCCAGUGGCCACUCCUUCCUGGCGGCAGACUUCGCGCAGAUCGAGUUGCGCAUUCUUGCCCACUUAUCUGGGGACCCAGGACUCCUGACGCUGUUCCAGGCCCCCGAGGGGGACGACGUGUUCUCCGCCCUGACGGCCCGGUGGAAGGACAUCCCCACAGAGCGCGUGACGCACGCAGACAGGGAGCAGACCAAGAGGGUGGUGUACGCAGUGGUGUACGGAGCAGGGAAGGAGCGACUCGCUGCCUGUCUUGGAGUUCCUGUUCCGGAAGCCGCCCGCUUUUUGGAGAGUUUCUUGCAGAAGUAUCAGAAAAUCAAGGACUUUGCCCAAGCAACCAUUGCCCAGUGUCACCAGACAGGCUACGUGGCGUCCAUCAUGGGCAGGAGGAGGCUGCUGCCACGGAUCCAUGCGCAGAACCAGCAGCUCCGGGCACAGGCAGAGCGGCAGGCAGUGAACUUCGUGGUGCAAGGCUCGGCCGCAGACCUCUGCAAGAUGGCCAUGAUCCACAUCUUCGCUGCAGUGGCCGCGUCCCCCACCCUGACGGCCAGGCUGGUGGCCCAGAUCCACGACGAGCUGCUGUUUGAGGUGGAAGAUGCACAGGUGCCCGAGUGCGCAGCUCUGGUGCAGGGAGCCAUGGAGGCCCUGCAGCACGUGAGGGCGCUGGAGCUGCAGCUGCAGGUGCCCCUGAAGGUGAGCCUGAGCACCGGCCGCUCCUGGGGACACCUGGUGCCACUGCAGGAGGCCCCGCCUCGGCCACGCCCCUGUCCUGCCAUGUCUCCACGCAACCGCCUGGCCAGGCCGCACCUGCCUGCUUCCCCUGCACUCCCUCCGUAGCCUGGCAACAGCCAGGACCAACCAGCUCCCCAGCCCCGGUGGCCUCCCCAAGGUCAGGGCUGGCGUCUGUACCGGCUGGUGGCUGGAGCAGGACGUGGCCCGGAAUGCACCCUCUGC